AUAAUUUAUAUUAUCAAUAAGAGAAAAAAAAUGGUCUUCCUUGCUCUAAACCCUUGUGUUUUGAGAACUGUCAUUUGUGUUUACCAAACAAAUGCUUCCCUCGACUUCUCUUCUUCAUCUUUCUCAGGUUUUGGAAGAAGAUUUUCUAGGCAAAUGGAAAGUUUGAAUCUUUUGGGUCCCUAAUUUUCCUCCAUAUAUUGACCUACAUAUCACAAUUUUGAAGUUUAGACUCAAUAUUAAUCGAAAUGGUGACAUGUUUGUCAACAAAUUUUGUACAUUCUAAUGCUAGAAAUUCAGAUGUGUUGAAUGUAGUUAGAGGAAGAACAUUAGCAGAGAGUUUCCCUAGGAGAGUUAAUUUGGUGAAGUUUUUUGACGGCAAGAAUGGAUUUUCGUGCGGUUUAAGAAAGUUAGGUUUAGUUCAAAUCAAGUGUUCAUCUAAUUCUCAUAAUGCGAGUUCAUAUAAUAGCAAAGAUCCUUUUCUACAUCUACAUCCCGAGGUUUCGUUGCUUCGAGGAGAGGCAAGUAGCACGGUGAAUAUUCCAAGAAAGGAUAGUUUUGGUGAGGAUUUAACUGAGAGCUUAGAAUCUAUAUCUAGUCAAUGUAAUUACAAUCAGGCAAAGAUCAAAGUUAUUGGUGUUGGAGGUGGUGGAUCAAAUGCUGUCAAUCGCAUGAUAGAGAGUUCGAUGCACGGAGUUGAGUUUUGGAUUGUUAAUACUGAUGUACAAGCCAUGAGAAUGUCGCCUGUGUUUCCUGAGAACCGUCUGCAAAUUGGUCUGGAACUUACUCGAGGUCUUGGAGCUGGUGGUAACCCUGAGACUGGAAUGAAUGCUGGUAAAGAAAGUAAAGAAUCAAUUGAAGAGGCUGUUUAUGGAGCUGAUAUGGUCUUUGUUACAGCUGGAAUGGGAGGUGGAACCGGCACAGGUGGUGCUCCAAUUAUUGCCGGUGUUGCAAAAUCAAUGGGUAUACUAACUGUUGGGAUUGUCACCACCCCUUUUUCAUUUGAAGGACGGAAGAGAGCCAUUCAAGCACAAGAAGGAAUUACAGCUUUAAGAGAUAAUGUCGAUACUCUAAUAGUUAUUCCAAAUGACAAGCUAUUAACUGCUGUUUCGCAAUCAACCCCUGUAACUGAAGCAUUCAAUCUUGCUGAUGAUAUUCUUAGACAGGGUGUUCGUGGCAUAUCUGAUAUUGUUACUAUACCAGGGUUGGUAAAUGUUGAUUUUGCUGAUGUUCGAUCUAUAAUGGCCAAUGCUGGUUCUUCACUGAUGGGUAUAGGAACGGCAACUGGGAAAACAAGGGCAAGAGACGCUGCAUUAAAUGCUAUCCAGUCACCUUUACUAGAUAUUGGUAUAGAGAGAGCUACUGGAAUUGUAUGGAACAUAACUGGUGGGACUGAUCUGACCUUGUUUGAGGUAAAUGCUGCUGCAGAGGUUAUUUAUGACCUUGUGGACCCUAGUGCUAAUUUGAUUUUUGGAGCAGUAAUAGAUCCAUCACUCACCGGUCAAGUAAGCAUAACAUUAAUUGCAACCGGCUUCAAGCGUCAAGAGGAAGAUGAAGAGAGGCCCCUACAGACCAGUCAGCUCACUCAAGGAGAUACAGUCAUCGGUUUCAAUCGUCGAUCUUCCACUUUCUCUGAUGAUGGUAGUUUGUUUGAGAUCCCUGAUUUCUUAAAGAAGAAAGGACGCUCACGCUAUCCGAGGGUUUAAUACUCUUCUUCCCAAUGCUCUGCAUUUCUUCAACAAUGCAUCAAUUUUUUUACUUUAGGGAUUAUAAAUAACAUUGGUCUAGGUGUUACAUUCCUAUUUUUAUCCUUUUACUCGAGUUCUUGUUCAUAUAGUUUCGGUUUGUUUAUUUAUUUAUUUUAUUUUUUUGGUUUUCACCACCAGUUUAAUCUGGUUCGGGGGUCAGUUCUGGCAUCAAGUGGUUCCAGCCCCCUCCCGAUCGCAGUUGCGGGGGAUCAAACUGCGGUCCUCCCUACCAAGUUCAGCGCCAAUCACCACUGAACCAACUAAGGAUUGGUAGUUUCGGUUUGUUUAUUUAGAUUUGUACUAGUUAUUUGAAAAAUUGCAGAUUUUAUGAUUUUCUUGGCAUGUUUGAAUAAGUUAAUUAGCUUGUAUUCUUGUAUAGGUAAAUAUUUCUUAAUGUUCAGAGAUUGUUAUUAUAA